AUGGGGCGAGCGGAGUCCGCGGGGAAGAACUCGCUCAGCCGCGCUCCCCGAACCGGCUCCAUCGGCCACAACAUGCCGGCAGGGGCCUGCGGGCUGCGCUGGCGCCGGGCACCGCAGGGAGCGGGCCGUGACACGGAGGUGCCGGUGACUUUCGAGGACGUCGCGGUGCACUUCAGCAGGCAGGAGUGGGCAAGCCUGGACGAUGGGCAGAAGGAGCUGUACAGGACCGUGAUGGAGGGCAACUACGAGACGCUGGUGUCCCUGUACUGUGCCCUAUCCAAGCCUGAGCUCUUAUCUCGGAUCGAGAAAGGAGAAGAGCUGUGCGCGCCGGCCGAGUCGGACCUGGAGGGAGCAGACGUAUCGCCAGAGCUAGCCGUAGAGCCGGACCACCCGAGCUGCGCGAGCGAUGAUGGUCUGCUGGAGAUGAAGACGAAGGAGCCUUGCGAGGGGAACUGUAGGGACCCGGAGGAAAGCGGGAGCCUGGCGGUCACGGUGAACUGCAGGGCGCCACAUGUCCCUCAUGAAGCCACCGCUGUCCCAGCGGAUCUUAGCCAGCCAACCCCGUCCCCUUCCGCUCCUCUCUCCACGUGCUGUUGUGAAGCGGUGGAUCUGAACUGGUCUCCGUCGCCUCCGCCCGCAGCAGCAGAUGCCGAGGCGGGGAUCCCAACGGAGGUACGGCAGGAGGAGGUGGCUGUGGAGAAGCCGGCAGUGCCUGAAACGCCCUCGAAGGGUCUGGAAGAGGAGGACGUGAAAGAUUCGGGGAACGGUGGCCAGGCAGAUGCCGAGGCGGGGAUCCCAACGGAGGUACUGCAGGAGGAGGUGGCUGUGGAGAAGCCGGCAGUGCCUGAAACGCCCUCGAAGGGUCUGGAAGAGGAGGACGUGAAAGAUUCGGGGAACG